AUGUCGAACGUUAUGGUUGAGUCCUCUGAAUCAAGCAGCAGUUCAUGUGUGGUCGCUAUCAGUUCAUCGAACAUAGGGUUUCAGCUUCUAAAGAAGCAAGGCUGGAAGGAAGGCACUGGUCUUGGAAUCGCUGAACAGGGCAUAUUGGUGCCUUUACAAACAGAGCUCAAAAAUAACAAACGAGGACUAGGAGCUGAAAAAACAACCACCAAGAGAAAACCGGCAAAGCCUCAGGCUAAAGAUUAUGGACACAGAGAAAAGGAUGAACAAGUCCCUAAGAGAAGAAAGAAACUAUCUAAGAAAUUGCGGAAGAUGAUCGAGCACAAAAAACGUGUACAGGAAAAGGAAUUUGAACGAGCCUUCUUCAGAGAGUUUUGGCCUGAUAAUGUAUAAGAUGAUCGCAAUUUUUUCUUGUUUUUGUUU